AAGAGCCGAGCCGAGCCGGGCCGAGCCGCAGCCGGCCCACCGGUGUGAGAUUGCGCUGUGCUGCGGAGGAAGCGAACCAGCGACCCGGCCAAGGGAAGAACGCGCGGGCCCCUGGAGCCGGGCAAGAUUGGCGCCGCCGCUCGCUCUCCCUCUCUCUGUUUCUCCGGGAGCUGUCCAGGUGCUGAACCCACCGGCCGCCUCUUAUGAACCAGCGCGGCGUGGGCUGCAAUCUCUCGAACUCAUGGUGGGCUUGUGAGCCGCGCUGGAGGGCGAGCGAGAGAAGGCCUGCCAAGGAGGCGCCGCAGCCUUUCCUCCUCCUCGCCGCACAAAAGCCGCCGCCGCCGCCGCUGCCGCUGCCGUUGCAGCUCCGGGAACAAGGACUGGCGCGGCGCAACCGCCCAGGCUGGAGACCCCCGCGGCAGGCGCCGCCGCUCCAUCCAGGGGCCCGGAAGGAGAAGACGGAUAAAGCAAAAAAUACCACAAAGCCAUAGCCCUCCGCGACGGGCAGCCUUGAGGCGCUGCGGGGUUUGCUUUUAUUUUUCUAGGCAAAAAGGGGGGGGGGGGAACCACGACCCUCUGGUUGGGCUUCUCCUCUUAAAUUUUAUUUUUCUACGUUUCUUUCUUUCUUUUUGUUCUUAUCCGGCGUCUUCCUUGCGCGAUUCCCAUCGCCAUCCCCAUCCGGCCGCUCCCCCCUCCUUUUUUCCCUGGUCUGAACCCAUCGGCGGACGCUGCGGGAGCUUUCUCACAUUCCGGGAAAGUCCAGAAAUCAUGCCAAGAUCUUUCCUGGUUAAAAAGGUCAAACUUGACGAUUUCUCCUCGGCGGAUCUAGAAAGCUCCUACAGCAGAUCGCGGGCGGACUUCAGCUCCCGGAUCCAUGACAAAGGUACAGGCGAGGGUGUGCUGCUGGUGGGGGGAGCCGGGACAAGACCCCGGGGCGUGCGGAGCGGGGAGAAAGAGGGCACGUCCCGAUCCGGGUCGGGCCGGGGGCGCCACACUUUGGAGCAACUCCGGUGGGCAGGAUCAACAGCCCGCGGGGUGUCCCCGUCACGGCACACGUGCGGGGAGUGCGGCAAGACGUACGCCACGUCCUCCAACCUGAGCCGCCACAAGCAGACGCACCGCAGCCUCGACAGCAAGAUGGCCAAGAAGUGCCCCACGUGCGGCAAGGUGUACGUCUCCAUGCCGGCCAUGGCGAUGCACCUGCUCACGCACGACCUCAAGCACAAGUGCGACGUGUGCGGCAAGGCCUUCAGCCGGCCGUGGCUGCUGCAGGGCCACAUGCGCUCGCACACCGGCGAGAAGCCCUUCGGCUGCGCCCACUGCGGGAAGGCCUUCGCCGACCGCUCCAACCUCCGCGCCCACAUGCAGACCCACUCCGCCUUCAAGCACUUCCGCUGCAAGCGGUGCAACAAGACCUUUGCCCUCAAGUCCUACUUGAACAAGCACUACGAGUCGGCCUGCUUCAAGGGGGCCACGGGACACGCCAGCCUCGGCGCUCCCCCUGCAUUGCCCUUCCUCCUUCGGGCUUUCAAAAAGGGUCAAGAGCGGACAGCAAAGGCGAGGAGAGAGGCGCCAACCUCCGCCACCCGCGACCCCAAAGUCUGUUCACCUCGACAGGUAAAAACGCCGACCACGCAACGGGAACACUUGCUACUCCCGCUCAGCAUUAAUCAGCCUCCUAAGCAGAAUGACGGUGAUGAUUAA